CUGCCCAAGAUGCUUAUCAACCUGCUCUCUGUCCUCAGGACACUCUCCUUCAUGGGCUGUGCCACACAGAUGUUCUUUUUCCUCGGCUUUGCUGUCACCAAUUGCCUGCUUCUGGGAGUUAUGGGUUAUGACCGCUACACUGCCAUCUGCCAGCCUUUGCGCUACCCCGUUCUCAUGAACUGGAGGGUGUGUGGACAGCUGGCAGCAAGCUGUAUUGUUAGUGGCUUCCUAAUAUCUCUGGUGGGAACAACUUUGGUCUUCAGCCUCCCUUUCUGUGGCUCCAACAAAGUCAACCACUACUUUUGUGACAUCUCACCAGUUAUCCGUCUUGCCUGUGCUGAAACCUACAUCAAUGAGCUGGUCAUCUUCAUCUGCGGAGUCUUGGUGCUUCUUGUACCCUUGAUCUUCAUCUGUAUUUCUUAUGGCUUCAUUGUCCAUACCAUCCUGAAGAUCCCAUCUGCUGAGGGCAAACGGAAAGCCUUCUCCACUUGUGCCUCCCAUCUUAUUGUGGUCAUUGUCCACUACGGAUGUGCUUCCUCGGUCUAUCUUCGGCCCUCAGCCAAAUAUUCAUCAGGCAAAGACAAGCUGGUGACAGUGACCUAUACUAUCAUUACCCCACUGUUGAACCCUAUGGUAUACAGCCUUAGGAACAAAGAUGUACAGCUGGCUAUUCAGAAAAUGAUUGGGAAGACUGGGGUUACUCUUAAGACUUGA